UUAGAGCAACAGUCUUUAGGUGUUUGGAGCUGAAGCAUACCAAAGCCGGAGCAGUAGAAUUGAACGCAACGAGAAUGAAACUGACACUAGUCCUUCUUGCCCUCGUGGGCUGUGUGGCCGCAUUCAGCGUGCCCACCUCAACAAAGGUGAAGAUUGCCGAUGCUGAGUUCUUGAAGAAACAACAGUUCUUCUUUGAAAUUCUCUACCGCGUAGAGGAUCCGUUGAUGUUCGAGGAGUGGAUCAAGAUGGGACAAAAACUGGUGGUUGACAAGGCACAAUACAAGGAGUAUGACUUCUAUAUGGAGAAAUUCUACGAGUCCUACAAACUGGGUGCCUUGCUGCCCAAGGGUGAAUUCUUCGGUGCCCUGGUCAAGACCCAUUACAAGCAGGCUUAUGGCUUGUUCAACUUCUUCUACUACGCCAAGGACUGGGCAACCUUCGUUAACAACGUUGCAUGGGCUCGCAUCCAUGUGAACGAGGGCAUGUUUGUCUACGCUCUGACCCUGGCUGUCAUCCACAAGCCAGAAUUGGAAGGAUUCAUUCUGCCCCAGAUCUAUGAGAUCUUCCCGCAGUACUUCUUCAACAGCAAGUUCGUGUACGAUGCCGAGAAGUUCGACUAUGAUGUGUGGAGCAAGCUGAUCAUGUACGAGAAGGAGUACAAGGAUAUCCUGUACAAGGAUGUUAGCGAGUUCAGCGACAACUUCUACUUCUACACCAAGGACUGGAAGACCUGGCAGUGGUGGAAGAUGAUGGGUCUGGGCGAGCACUUCUACGUUGAGGAUAAGUUCUUCCUCCGUGAAAACGUUGCACAGUACAACAAGGAUCCCAAGUAUGCUCAAAUCAUGAACGGCCUCUACAAGUUCUACAUGCCCGUCGACUAUACCCGCGACAUUGACUUCUUCAACGCUGAAAGCAAACUGAGCUACUUCACCGAAGAUUUGGGCUGGAACGCCUACUGGUACUACCUGAACAUGGACUACGCUUUCUUCCUUGAUGGCAAGCAGUUCGGUUUGGACAAGGAUCGUCGCGGAGAAUGGUGGAUCUACAAUGUUCAACAGAUUCUGGCCCGCUACUACCAGGAGCGUUUGGCUAACGGUUUCGGCGAAAUCCCAGAGUACUUCUGGUACAAACAGGUCGAGUAUGGCUAUGAUCCUCAGUUGAUCUACUACAAUGGCAUUGGCUACAGCUACCGCAAGAACUACUUCGAGUACCAGACCUACGGCAAAUUCGAUAUGCUCUACCAGAUCCAGAACUUCUUCAAUCGCAUCAACGAUGUGAUUGAGACCGGCUACUACAAGACCGCCGAUGGUGUUGUCAUCGAUUUCCGCAAGCCCGAGGCCAUCCAAUUCAUUGGCAACUAUCUGCAGGGUAACGUUGAUACCUACGACAAAUACUUCUUCAACUACUACUAUGUGCUGUCGCAUAUGUACUUCGCUGAUGUUGACUACUUCGACUUCGAGGUCUUCCCCAACGUGUUCCUCAACUUCGAGACCAUGUUGCGCGAUCCCUUCUUCUACUCGUUCUACAAGAAGUUCACUGAUGUCUUCUACAAAUUCAAGUUCUAUCUGGCACCCUACACCAAGACUGAUCUUACCUAUGAAGGCUUCAAAUUCAUGGAUGUGUCCGUCAGCAAACUGGAAACCUACUUCGACUUUGUGGACUUUGACGUCACCAACCUGCUCAACGACAAGAUGACCUUUGUCGAUGGCAAGUUCGUCUGGGACAAGACUCUCCUCGCCCGCCAGGCCCGCCUUAACCACAAGCCCUUCAACUUUGAGUUCAACAUCGUAUCCGACAAGGUGCAGAAGGGUGUUGUUCGCGUCUUCCUGGGACCCAAGUUCGACGAGUACGGUCGCGUCAUCCCGCUGAAGUACAACACUCAGAACUUUGUGCAGAUCGACAGCUUUGUCUAUCCCUUCGUUGCCGGCCAGAACACCAUCAAGCGCAGCUCCAAGGAGUUCACCUGGACCGCUGAGGACCGUAUCACCUACACCGAGCUCUACAAGUACGUCAUGCUGGCCAGCGAGGGCACCUACGACUUCCCAUUGGAUCUGAGCGAGCCACACAACGCCUUCCCCGAUCGCCUGGUCUUGCCACGUGGCUGGGAGGAGGGCAUGCCCAUGCAGUUCUACUUCUUUGUCUCGCCCUACACCGAGAACUACGAGCAGUUCUCCAACUUCGACUACACCUACCAGUCCGGCGUUGGCUCCGGCACCCGCUUUGUUGACAGCAAGCCCUUCGGCUAUCCCUUCGAUCGCUCUGCCGAAGAGUACAGCUACUUUGUGCCCAACGCUUUCUUCAAGGAUGUCAAGAUCUACUAUGUCGAUCAGUUCGCCAAGUACUUCGAACAGAAGUAUGACAACUACGGUACGUUUGACUACUCCAUUGUGUACUAGAAGAUGCCAAUCGAUUUAGCUCAUAAGUACAUUGUAAUGCAACACCAAAAAAAUCAAACCAAAAAAAUGAAACAAAACU